GGAAUCAGCUGUUUCUGUUUACGCAAGGCGAGAAGCGAGGAGAGAGACGAGCACUGGGCACUGAACACCGUGAGGGGACGAACUAUUGGGGAAUUGGAGACAAGAUACUGAAGAGCUAUAGGAAAAGUGGAGACAGACACUGAAGGGGCGAGAGAAGUAAGGUAAAAAGAAGACAGAAGACUAAGAGAACAGUAAGAGAAGUAAAAAAACAAGAGGAAGGAAGGAACAGAGUGAAAAGUAUAGAAACACAGAGCCUACGAAGAAACCAUGGCGUUUGAUAUGAAGAAGGAAGAGGACGUGAAGGAGUUUUUGGAGAAUAUAGGAAUAGAAUACAGAUUUGGCUGCUUCAGUGAGAAAAAGCCAGAAAGCUGUCACUUGCUGGGCGACUACUUUGAGGGGGUGAAGAAGGACUUUGAGAAAGCUGCCAGGGUGUUCAGGAGUAACUGUGAUGACUCCUCGUACCCAAAGAGCUGCUAUAAGUAUGCCAACUACAACUUCUUGGGCAAGGGAUGCAAGCAGAACAUGGACGAGGCUUAUUCCUACUACCUCAAGGGCUGCACGGCGGGGGACUACGACUCCUGCCUCAAUGGGGGACUUAUGUGUGUCUCCAAUACGCCCACCAAUGCUGACCGGCCAAAGGAUUACAGCAAGGGUUUGGAGCUCCUGGAUAAAGCCUGCAAUGGGAACAACGCCUUCUCCUGCUAUUACAUCUCAGGCAUAUUCAUCCAGGGAGUGAAGGACAACAUCACCAAGGACAUGAGCAAGGCCUUCCAGUACUCCAUGAAAGCGUGUGACCUUGGGAACAUGUACGCCUGUGCCAAUAUUUCUCAGAUGUACCGGAAGGGCGACGGUGUGGAGAAGGACGAGGCAAAGAGUGAGGAGUUUAAGAAGAAAACGUUGGACAUGCAGGAACAGUUCAAGGAGCAGAUGCAGAUACAGUUCCAGCAGGGAGCGGCAAAGAGUUAAAUGCAUCCCAGUUGGUACUGAAUGUGAAACUACCUCCCGUGUGACCUUUUAGCCAUUGUUAUUUGUACAUCUUGAGUUGAAAAGUAAUAAUUGAAGGAGCGUUUGUACUUGAGGUUGUUGCUUGUGUUGUUGAAGGCAUCCUGUGCUCCAAAACUAAACUUUACUAGUGUCAUGGAAAAUACUGAGAGCCACUGACAAGGCCACUUUGACACGAGUUUGAUGUGUUACCAAUCACACUAGUAUGAUCACCGAGAGAGAAGGGUUAUUUAUAUAUUUUUAUGUAUUUAUUAUUUAUUUUUUCUCUUUCCUUUCUUUUUUUUUGUGAGCCUUGACUGUCAUCACUAAUCUGUCAUAAGGAAAGAUGUCUGGUUUGUAUUGAAAGCCAGUGCAGUUUACUGAGAUGUUAGUUGGUUAUGACAUUCCUUACUAUUACUUAUUACUAUGUCAUUUCCUAUAAAGAUUGUCAAAGAACAGAACAGCAAAAAUAAGGCAAACUGCAAUAAGCCAUAAGACCUACACACACAUGGCAGUCUAUGUAUAAAACAUGCCAGGUUACUUCCAGCUGUCAUUCUCAUCCAUAAACCUGUCAAAUCUCUUUAAAAUUCCUUAUUGACUCACAUCUAAACUCAGUUACUGAGCUUAAGUAUUCUGUCAAUAGUGGAGAGUUGAGCCAAGUAGGAUUCAGUAUUAUUCAUAUUCUGAGCACAAAUGAAGUGUGGUGCAUGGACAGUAGGUUACAGUACCAGUGUAAUGUCUUGGGUUCUGAAGUGCUGACAAUUUGAGGUAAAGGCUGAAGAAGUGGCAGAGAAUCAAAUCUCUUAUAGAAGCAUCCCUGUUGAGAUCAUGGGCUGCUUCAUUCAAAACCUCUGCUUCUCCCUUCAGAAAGAAAUCUAUAUGUAUUCAGAUCUUUAACUCAACCUAGUCAUUCUACCAUCUCCUUCCAUGUUCCCACCACUCCAGUCUAUUGAGAGUUGUACUGCACUCAACAUUUAGGUUCUGCAUCUCACACAUCUCCCUUCAGAAAGAAAUCUAAAUAUGUUCAGAUCUUUAACACAGCUCAGUCACUUUGCCCUCCUCCUUAUAUAUCCACACCACUUCAGUCAGUUUGGAGAUGUUAUACUGCACUAAACAUGUACAUAGGUUUUAUAUCUCUCUUCAAAAAGUAAUCUGAGUGUGUUUAGAUCUUUUAACUCACUGAACCUAUUCACUGUUCUCUUCACAACAUGUCCCAUCCACUUGUUUUGUCAAUCCUACAUCUCCAAAAAGAAAUAUGGUUCUACAUCUCUCCCUUCAGAAAGAAAUGAAUGUUCCAAUAUAUAACUCGCUCUCUCCUGUCAUUCUGCUCUCCUGUCAGUGUUUCCAGACCACCUCAGUCAAUUUGGAACCUAGCAGUGCUCUCAACAUGCCAGAUCCACCUCCAGCCUGCCACGUGUGACAGAUGGAGGUGGUGCAGUGUAAGUGUGGUGUUUGUAUCAGGUGUGACCCACUGUGUUGUGAUAGAACCUCUGUGUCCCGUGGUGUGAUUCCAAGCCACACCCUCACUACCUUAUAUCCACUAGAUCAGAAGUGGCCACCUUGUCCAGGCCACAUGUUAUGAGUACCUGUAUAUCUUCUUGUACAUAGUGUAACAUAGGUGGUUGUCUGUUGAUAGAGGUGUAAAUUACAUUGUGAAGAAUUAAAUUAUUAUGUACAAAUCUCUGA